UAGCAACGCGUUUUAAUCAAUGGCGGUGGAAAGAUGAUCAUGCGAACCGCCCUCACGUUUCCGAUUUAUUCCCGGAUUUCUCGCCGAGCACGCACAUCACACGCCACACGAAUUCCUAUCUAAAUCCUCUCUCGAUCGAUUGACUUCUUUCGCAGAGGAAGGAAUUUCGUGCCUGAUUUCAACGCCAAACCGCCGCCGGACAAUGGACGCCAACGACCUCGCUCGCGUCUUCCAGAUGUUCGACCAGAACGGCGACGGGAGGAUCACUGUGAAGGAACUCACCGAUUCGUUGGCGAGCAUCGGAAUCCCGAUCUCCGACGAGGAGUUGAGCCAGAUGAUCUCGAAGAUCGACGCCAACGGCGACGGCUGCGUCGACGUCGACGAGUUCGGAGCGCUGUACAGGACACUAAUAAUGGACGAGCGCGACGAGGAGAAGGAUAUGAGAGAGGCGUUCAAUGUGUUCGAUCAGAAUGGCGACGGAUUCAUCACCGUUGAUGAACUGAGAUCCGUGCUGGCGUCUCUGGGGCUGAGCCACGGCGGAGAGAACGACGACGACUGCAGAUUGAUGAUUAAGAGAGUGGACGCCGACGGCGACGGCAAGGUCGAUUUCAACGAGUUCAAGCAGAUGAUGAGCGGCGGUUUCGCUGCGUUGAGCAAUUAAAAUUGAAUUGCAUUGCGACGAUUCUUUGUUUUCAGGUUACGAAAUUGUAGAAGAAAAUUGUUUGUUGGUGUAAAAAAUGCGUCAUGGUAUUCCUUAUGCUCUUUGUACAUUUAUUUUUUACCCAUUUGUUGUUUAUUUUUCUAAUCAUUAAUUUAUUGGAUUAAAUUAA